AAAAUUGAGCAGACGACAAGUGUAAUGAAAACGUGAAUUGUGAAUGUUUGAUUUUCUCAGUCCACAAAAUAUAAACUGCUAAUUUAUUUUUGCAAAAGACAUUUAUUGACUGUGAAAUGUCGACAGUAGGACUUCUUCGGACUCUCUUCAAUCCCAAAAUAUUACCAUCUAAUGUGACUCAGCUGCAGUCAUUGAACAGAAGUCCAUUCUUGCUUGGGUUUUUAUUUAACCAUGAACAAGUAAGAAAUAUGUCUAGAGUGAAACGAAGAAAUACACAUCCAGGAUACUGGCUUCCACUGAAGAAUGUUCAGAAAAAAGAUGACAAAAUUUCAGCUGACAAUCUACGUUUUGUGAGAGAAGUUAUUCAGGAUAAGUAUAAGAACAAAUCUCCCCUCAAAGGGUCAGAGCUUCAAAUAGAGAAAACAGAGUGGGAUCCUAAAACCAAAAGAAGUGGUGUGAUUGCAAGAAACAUUGGACGACAACAAAUGUGGGACAAGGCUGGAAAUAAAAUUGUCUGCACUGUUCUUCAUGUUUUGGACAAUCACGUCAUUCGUUACAUACCACCAGAAGAGUAUGUAAAAACUUCGAGGGGUGCCAUUCACUUCAAAAAUAAAACACCGUUAGGAUGUUUGGUAGUUGGAGCUGAAGCUACAAAUCCUGAAAAGUUCACCAGGCAAUACUGCAAUCUUUUUUCCGAAGUUGGUCUCUUGCCUAAAAAGACAUUGUCUCGUUUCAUCAUUACACCCAACGCAGCUCUGCCUCCAUGCACACCCAUCACCGCAGGACAUUUCCUCGUUGGGCAGGCAGUAGAUGUCUAUGGGAAAACAAUCGAUCACGGAUUUCAGGGUGUGGUAAAACGUUGGGGUUUCAAAGGUGGCCCAGCCUCUCACGGUGCCACCAAGUUUCAUAGAAGGGGAGGUACUAUCGGAACUGGUCGAGACAAGGCUCGUGUCUGGCCUGGAACAAAAAUGCCUGGACAUAUGGGGUCUGAGCGGCGAUAUAACAGAGGUCUCAUGAUCAUGCGAAUUAAUAUGAAGUACAACGUCAUUUACGUUAAAGGGACUGUGCCAGGUGCCACCAAUUCAAUCGUGCGGAUUUUCGACACUCUUUUACCCUUGAGAAAACUCAAAGAAGCUCCACCUCACCCAACAUAUUUCCCUCCAGAGGACGGAACACAAAAAGAAGAAGACAUUUGGGAUUCUAGCCUUCACGUAUAUGGUUCACCUUCCAUUUCUGUCUAGUUGACCGAUAUCGAUGCUUAGUCAAUAAAUUGUCUUGGAACCAUU